CCUACCUACUUCUUCCGACCCAUGGGUACGAUGGGAGCAGCACAGCUCCCGCCGCGAUGGUUUCGCUGCGCGAGGGGGGCGAGCGGACACCCAAUCUACUUUCAACGCCUUCCUGCCUCAUGAUCCUACCUACUUCGUCCGACCCACGGGCACGAUGGGAGCAGCACAGCUCCCGCCACGAUGGCUUCGCUGCGCGAGGGGGGCCAGUUUGCUUCGUGGCGGCGAGGGCGCCGCCCCGCCCGCGGCGCAGGGCGCCGCCGGAAGGGGUCUGCCGCGGGCGCAGACGCUGCCUGUGGCGGCGGGCGCCGGCGGCACGGGCGGGCGGGAGGAGCGGGUCUCGCCCGCGCGCGGGGCACAGGAGGGCACUACGGAGGAAGCCGACGGCGGUGGCUUGACAGGGAUCAUCGAGGGGAUCGACGGGAAGGUCGACAUAGGCCUCAGGCGGGUGGACAACUCGAUCGGAGAGCUGUGGGAGAAGAUCGAGCGUGUGGCGACAAGCCUAGAUACGCUGAAGAACCAGCUGCGCAACAUCUGAAGCCUCUGACAGAAUUCGAUCGGCUUGUGCUCCGGACGAACUCGCACCCGCCAGAGCGCCUUGACUGACGCGCAGCAUGUCUCUGCCGACGCGUCCAUGGCCCACAUCGGGCAGCAUCGACCGUGCUUUUGCUGACGAGUGCCCAAGCACGCAUUUGCCAUAAACAAGAUUAUACACAGUAUUGCCCCUCCUUUCGCUUCACCGUUAUACGCAGGUGCCUCUGUAUAACCUAUUGCCACACGCAGGCAUGCAUGCGCAGAUGCGUAUUUCCAACAUUCUGCGGCAAACCUGGCCAGGGUGCCAGCGCCGCAGUGUAUGCAGGAUGGUUCUGCCUGUCCAGCUGUCCUCGAGAAGAUCGGUAGAGUCAUGGUUCGACGGAGCCCCGGCCGCACCCUGAACUCUCCUGGGUCCGCUUCGGCGUGAUGGAUCUGC